AGCUUCUGUAAAUCCAGAACAAAACUCUGUCUUACUGCAGCUUUUAAGAAAAUUAUCACCCUGUAAAUGUUGUCUGGUCUGGGUUAAAAUUUAUGGAGAUUACAAAGAGACCAAAGGGUCCAAAUCCAACAGGAUGUCUUCACUUCAAGGCAGCAAAUCCCAAAGUAUGUUGUUUUUCUAGACAAGAGUUUAGCUACGUCUGAGAAGAACAUAGAUAAAAAUGUUUCAAACAUGAUGUUUACCAUUUUAGGGUUGAUGUACAUGCCAGCAUAUUAUGUUUCUGUUAUCAAUUUUGCUCCCAGUGGGACUCAGACAUCUUCCCCCUGCAGCAGUCGCUUCUGUCGGCCACUGUGCACAGCAGACACGAUAACAAUAAUAGAUCUUUUAUGGAGGAAAGGAAAACAAAGCCCACACAGCAGCCUCAUGGACUCACAACUGUCAUGAAUUGAGAACAUACUGAUACCAAAAAUAAGCCGAGGAAACCAGAUGAUAUGUGAGCCUUGAACACAGCCCUACUGAAAGACAUCAUUCCUCACUUUUACAGAAACAGUCACUCUGAAGUCCUUUACAGCCAACAUAAGCAGCAUAAAUUCAAUUGGUGGAAUAUGUGCUAAAUAUUACAGUACGGAUGAUUUGCGAAGUCGAUCCCCCAUAAAGUCAAAACCCCAAGGCCAGCCAUUCUGAAUUCUGAACUCUCUUUUUAAGUAUGAUGUACCAUUCAAGUUGCAGCGGUGUUGUUAUUUCUCAUAAUUUCAUAGGGAGGGGGCAGCAGCUUUACAAUGGUUUGCCAAAGGGGGCAUAAUGUGUUGAUUUUUGACCUUGCUUCCAUACGAUACACUGAAAUUCACUGUGUCAACUCCAAAUAUUCACACAGAAGAGUUCAACUUUACAAAACUUGAGAAAUGUCAACCAUGAUUUGAGAAUUCACAACAGAAAAUUUCACCUCAAUAAAGACAAAGUUCAAAGAAAUUUGGUUUGGGCUUGCAACUUUCGUCCAGAAGUGGACUCAAGGUGUUCAUGUGAAUUAAGUUUAUGUAAAAGUAGAGGGGAAACCCAGUAAAUCAUAAAUGAAUACAGCGCAAGGUCCUCAAAUUCAUAUAUAUUCAGGGAGUUGAGGGGAUUUGCUGCUGCUACUUAGUCAUAAAAACAACUGCAAUGUAUUAGAAAAUGUUACCUUUUCCAGUCAGCUUUACUUCUGUUUUUUAAGAAACGGUGUUAUCUAACACAUAGUUAACACACAUCACACACAGCUCAAGUGAUAAUGGAAACCUCCGCCCAGUGUUUGGUAACAGUCUGCAAGCACUGGACCAUAUCUAUCAGUAGACAUGGGGAGAAAGUGUGAGGGGUACAUCCAAAUAGCCGACAAAUAUGAGAAAGAGCUAACCACAGGUUCAGUAAAUGAGCGGUGAGAAUUACACUUCAAAAUACAGCAAAUGGUACAGCUAUGGUCAACUUACCCCAUACACGGGGUAAGUUGACCAUAGGAGACCACUUUUUUUGUCAUGCUAUUAUUCAGACAGUUAUGUUUACACUCAUUCUGUUGGUUUGCAGGGAUGCACAACAUCUUGAAAUAUAUGUGGAUACACUAGUUAGAGACUAAACUAUGACUGCUUUGAUGUAGUGAUCUGAAAUGUGAAAAAUGGCUCAUCCUUUCCCACUCUCCCCUAUCACCCAGCCCUACAGCAAACAUACAGUAGCUCUAGUAGCUCGGCUCCCUUUUUGGUCUCCAUAGGGAUUUCUCAUUAAACUCCCAGGACAUGAUGAUGAAGUCACUCUAUCUGACCCUGUUUCAGCCUGUUUUUCUAAUUCCCUCUCCUCCUCCUCCUCCUCCACUCCCUUUCACUGCUGCCAUGUUAAUGUUACGGACGUCCUCAGACAGACAGACAGCGGUGAACAGCAGCAGCAGCGAAGCCGGAAGGGAAUAGGAACUUGUGAGCCGUGUGCGGAGCGGUCACGCCCCCUCUGCCUUAACACCGCAGACUCCAGCCGAGCGACACACACAAAAACAACAUACACACAUACUCUUUACUUUACGCACACACACGCAGUUGUCAUAAGCGGCUCUCACAACAGCACAGACACAGACACAGACAGAGGAGAACCGGUCUCUGCUGGGUGUUUUUUUCACUUUUACACCUCGCUGCCUGAAUGUGACAGGAGGACGAAAUCAGAGGACGACGCCGACAGGUACGUCGUCAAUCUUUUUCCAGUGUUUGUUUCUUUCUUGACAUUUUUCGGAAUUUAACGUUUUGGGUUUUUAGGUUGUAGUGCCAGAAUUAAGGAGUGAAAUCCCACAGUAGAGUCGUUUAAAGGGAAAUUUCACUUUAACUCUCACUGUGAAGCUAAAGAGGCUUUAAUUUUCUCCUAAAUUCAGACUAAAACAUCUUUUUUUUGGACUCUUACACUCUCAGGAAAUUCAACCAAAGAAGUUGAGCAUUUUUUAUUCUUCUGGUGUGAUGUCAAGUGUAUUUUUCUGCCUUUUUUGGGUCAUUUUUCUGUUUGUUUCGUUGUUUAUAUGAUGAACACAAUGCACUGGAUGAUGAUGCUGCCUCCAUCCCACAUCCAGGCAGCCCCCAUAACUCUCCACAGACUCCCAAGCAAGCUCAAAAUUAUUAACUAGACUAUAUUAAUAAGAAUGGAUUCAGCUACUUCUAUUUACCUGAGUGUGUAGUGAUAAUGAAUGUAGAGUUUGUGGUUGAGACAUUAAUGUUUAUCAAGAUUUAGAUCAUGAGGCUUAUCGUUUGCAUCUUCAGACCACCACUGGAGGGUUCAAGGAGCAUCUCAGUUCAAGGUCCUGUUUAGUUUGAGGAGUAGUGUGACUGCUGCUUUUAGUGGUUAGCACAAUGACAGCAUGACCGGGGUGAUUGCAGGUUUCACCAAGUUAUCCCUCCACCUACUAUAAACAGCCACAGCCUUACGAGUCCUAUAAAGUCGAAAAAGUCGCCUAAGAUUGAGUUUACUGUAAAUGCUUAUCUAAACGAGGUUUCGUGGUUCAUGUCUGGGGUUUAGUGAUCCAAAAAAGAAGUCAGCAAGUCCUGUUUGGCAGGAUCUGAGUUGGAGUCGAUCCCCCUUGACAAAUACCAGCUUGUAUUAUCUGAGUACACACAUGAUAAAAAGGUGUGUCACCUGUCUGAGUAAGCUACCAUGUUUGUAUGCAGCACAGUCACGUCUUGAGUAUGUUCAAACUUUUGUCAGUCCUUCAAGGUAACUUUCUCUAAAAGGUAGAAAGGUUAUUAUGUAGAGAGCAGGUGAUACUACUUUGUAAUUAAACUGUCAUUACACCAAAAGUAAAAUUAGUUUGUUUAUGCAACAUGUCACUCAUAAUUCCCAUCGUAAACAGCGACUGUGUCAGACUCAGGGGUGUGGAGAAACUUCAUUUUGGAUGUAUAACUCAUCAUUUAUCAGGCUGUUACCAACUGACCAAAAUAAAGAGGACCUGCAGCUGAUGAGUCCCCUCUUUCAUGCAGCAGAUGCGGUGUUGACAGACAUCAUGGAAGCAUGUUGGUGCAAGGAUGCCUUAGUGACACUCUACUGUGAGCCAUUUUCCAGGCAAAAGGAGCCUCAUAUGUACCAGAUUAGAACAGAGUGAUAUAAGAUUUCAUUAGCGAGCAGAAACUCAGCUGCAACUGGGACCUCAUUAUCAUUCAUCUCGUGGCCAAGCUAAAUGGCGUUCUUGUCUGUCAUUGUUGACGAUUACCAAAGGCUUGUGUUACAGGGGAAUCUCUACAUGAGCUCAUCCGUUUGUCUUUCUGGCUAACGUCACGGUAGCUCUUUGAAUAAAAAGUGAGCUAAACUCAUCCAGACGCUGCUGAAUGAAUGAGGCUAUUCACGUGGUUUACUCAACUUAUCUCGUCUCCAACAGCUCUGCCCCGUGGCUUUGCUAUCCAUUAACUGCCCCUGCAUGUGAAGUGUCUUAAAGAAACCCACAAAGGGUCUGCCAUAUUUGAAUAAACAAAGAUUGUGCCAAUGACAGUUGCUGCGGCUUUUCUGGAAUAGCGAUCUGGGUGUCUCUGGGGAACAUAUAGAUAGCAAAUGUGAUUCCAGCUGCCACUGUGGCAUCCUGGUCUUAAUGAUAGGGCAGUUGAUUGAGUGGAGUGUUUCUUCUCCAACGCUUUGAGAGCUGUGUAUCAAGUUGCAGCUCCAUUGUUGAUCAGAGCUACUUUUGCCGUAACACGAAAUAAACAGCUGAUGCGGAUUAUCCAGCUGUCGCUCUGCGCCCAAGGGGGAGCCUUAAUCAUGUGUGCGUGUGCGCGUGGUCCUGAGCUUGAGAGCCAUUAUCAGUUUAAUUCUGUUCUACAAUGUAAACAUGACACCAAUACAGCAUGCACCAUUUGUGUCAGUUUAUUUCAGCUCUUCCUUGCAAUUGUCCCACAGGAAUGAGGACCCGCCUGCAUAGAUUUGCAUAUUGUUCCUGUUUUGAUGGCGAGCUCAGAGUUGAUACUGGUGUUGUGUAACCUUAUCUGUUGUGUGGUAUGGUCAUAAUUAGCAAUAAACAGUUUUGUGGUUUUGUGUUUAAUCUCAAAAUGUUGUAACUGUUUAUCCCAGGGCAUAAUCUCUCCUCCCCAAAAAACAAAACAACCAAUCAGUCACAGUUGGACUUUGAAAACAACUCUUAAAAGCUUCAUUUGCAUAAUUAGACCAUUAGAAAAUCUGUAUUAGAAGUUGUUUCAAUCUACGUUGAAAAUUCAUUACAAUGCCCUCAUUAUCUGUUGUGGUAUUGGUAUUAAAAAAAAUCAUAUUUGUCCGGCUCAGCUACAAAACAAGGAAGUUAAAAGGGUUCAAAAACAUCAUUAAACCUUUUCAACUACGAUAAGACGCACGUGUAUGCGUUUAUGUGCUUGUCAGUGACUGUAUUCCUGUGCGUGAAAUCCAGUAGUGAGUGAUUAAAGGGCAGGCUUACUGAGACGCUGAAAUCUCAGUGAUCAGGCUGCAGCCCACACAGAGUGUGUAGGGACAGCUGCAGCUGAUUAUCAGCCCAGCUUUCAAAUUGAGCCUAUUGAAACAGACCGCCACCGUCCAAUUCUGACAACCAGUUUUUUUUUUCUAUUAAAAGGGGCAGGGCUUGGCAUCCACUUCUCAUGCAUAUACAGUAUAUAUACUCGCUGUAACCCUUUGCGAAACUAGGGUUCUUGUCUGUGAAAUAAGCUGCCAUUAUGAAGAAGUUGAUAUAUGGUUGUCCCCUCUCAUAUAGUCUUAGAAACUGCUGAAAAGGGGUGUUACUCCCUUUUCAGCAGUUUCUAGGAAACUAUAAACAGCCGUAUGAAAAUUUCUGAAACACAGCUGUGCUGGCUUUACUCAUUUAUUUCCUCUUUUCUAAUAAAGGGUGUAAUUCAUGAAAGUCUCCUCAAAGUUCCCAUCAGAUGAUUAGGUUUCAUGAAGACAAAUUGAGAAGGAUUUUCACGUUUAUUUGUUUAACUGUUUCGCUACCACGUGCUGGAAAUGGGCACAUCUGAAUACUAUUCUUUAAAAGUGCACAGUAAGCUAAAUAGAUGGUCCGUUUAGGCCGGCCCUUCAGGAAAUUACUCUCCAAAAGCCAAAAACAACAAGCUGCCAGGAAUGAGGAGAGUGGGAAGUUCAUAGAGCGCGAGGAGGAGCGAUCCACCUCAGUGCUCACUGGGAUAGUGGAAAGGGUGCGCGCUGCGACCACCAUGUGAUGGUUUGGCCCGCUUUUGAAAUCCUGGUCAUGUGCAGGCUACUCUGCAAUAUCCUCCUCCCAAAGUCCCUGAAGAUGACUCUCAUAAUGAAAGCUCAAUUAUUUGAUCCCUGGCAUUUACUGUACUCUGGGGAUCAUAUGUCAUAGAUAAAGCCAUGGGGACCUUGGAAGGAGCUUGGCGCUUCUACGCUAGAAGUGUAUUAAUAAUACAAUGGGGAGUAUACAUGAGUAGAUGUCGGGUGGCGGAGAAGAAAUAAAACACUCUUUGAAGUUAAAUUUGUUGAAACGAGCAUCCCCCUGACAGUAGAUUCACAGCAGAUCAUUAACCACAAGCAAAUAAGAUACGGUCAGGUAGUCACGGAAUAAAUAAGCUCCUCUCACAUCAGUCCACUGGGGUGACAGUAACUUUAAGUUCUUACCUUGAGGUUAGUUUAACAGUAACCAGGACUUUCAGUUACAAAUGACAAGGCAAAUGACGGAAACAAAGACAAAGUCAGACCAGUGAGAUAUAUUCUGAAAAGAAACACUGAAAUGACUAUUUUGGAUGAAACGGUAAUCUGAAAUGGUGGUAAAUACUACCCCAAACUUAUCAGCUUAGUCAUUUGUGCCACUUUUUAUCUUUUUUAGCUUUUUCUUAAUGCCUAUGAACUAUUAUAGAAAAAAAAUCAUGUAAAUGACAUAGAUUGAAGUGUGUUUGGAGAAACUCAAGUGUUAAGUUGAAUCAGUUCAAGAAAUUCAGCAAUUUCUGUGAGGAGAAUCAAUAAUUAGGUCAUCAGUUUUUAUUUGUUUGCACUCCUUCUACAGCAGAGCAAAUGCAUUAGUAAACGGCGCAGGGUGAGGUUUUUAAAGUGGCAUUUCAACAGUAGAGGACUCAUAUGACCUACCUAAGACUGCCCUUUAUGCAAAUGAUCAGUGACUAAAUAAAACUGGUUCUGUUUGGAUGCCCAACACUGCUACAGAUUGCUUUCUUCCUUUUUCACAGCUGUUCUGUCUUUUCACUCGGACUACUUUUAAAGUGAAUGUGAUGGCUCAUCUCUGUUGGAUACUGUAUCCCAUGGACUCUUGGCUCUCAUAGAAAUGCAUUUUAUUCUGGUGAUAAUCGACCGUUUUAUCCUCGACUAGAAAACUGAGCUUCUAUGCUGCCAGUCCAUUGGAAAGGUGGCUAAUUGAUUAUGUGUUACGAGUGUGUCAUUUCUAGUCAUAAAUCUUUAAGAUACUUACAUGUUUUUUUUUUUCUCGUGGCAGUGUGAGGUGGGUUGGCUGCAGUGAUGUCCAGAUCGACAAAAUCAGCCUCAAGGUCUCGGAGUCGCUCGAGGUCCCGGUCAAGAUCCAGGUCCACCUCUCACUCCAGAAGCCGCUCCAGAUCUAGGUCGAGGAAACGUUAUUACAGGUAAAGUCAGCUUGUUUAAUAAACAUCUACCUUGACAGUCGACUCACUAUUUCUUAUUUCUCAAUGGUUUUAUAUGUAUGAUCAGAUUUACAAAUAGUGCUUUUCUAUGUAGCUGUAGUGGAAAAAUAUUAUUCAGUACAUAUGAACGAAAAAUGCUUUGAUCCAUCUAAUGCUUCAAGAAUGAAUGGCAGUAACCCAAUAAAGUCAGCUGUCAUGAAGACAAGGAUAACAGGCAGCAGGUGCAGCCAGAAAAGUGCUGCCUCACUGCACAGACACCAGCAUUGAUUGAUCUUUUGUUUCCUGCCGAGCUACAUUCCCGUUUAGUCUAAAUCUUAGUAAACAGUCAGGGAUCAACCAUGCAAUGUGAUUGUGAAGUGUGAUUUGUAGAAAUAUGCAGGUUGUUUGUUUUUUUGUGAUGAUUUGUUGCCUGAUUGCUUCACAUCUGGUGAUUUCUAUCUGCAAAGCCUUGUCUUGUCCUGUCUUGAACUUUUUGACAUUACUCAGUACUCUGGUGCAGUGUAUAAAUGGAUUUGGGUCCGGCCCAAACUCCAGAGUCGGCUUCUGUAUUAGGAGGAAAUUGAUGUUUGAGAAAGGGUUCAGCUGCCGGUUAGAGAAUUUUACUGACGUUAGAGUGAAUGUUAUUGCAGAUUUCUCUGCACAGGAAAGCAUUUCCGUGAGUUGACUCUGUUAGUACACAAUAAUAUUUUCUCAAGCCUGCUGAAAGGAAGCAUUUGUUGGUUGUUUUGUUUAGGAGAAACUGCCCGGGUUGUAGAGUUAUUCACCAGCUGUGAUGUGUAAAAAGAAAGAAGUAAUAGUCCCCUCUGAUGCCGGGGUGCUGUUUCUGGCAGAAUGAGUGUGGCAUUGCUUUAAAAUGGCAGGGUGGCUCAUUUCCUGGCAGAGUCACAGCAUCUAAAAAAAUUUGCAUGAACAAGAGACGUGGAAAGAAUCUGAUGGUUUUUGCUUUCUAAACACACCUUGCACAUUUGCAAAUGAGUGGAUGGAUACCCUGGAAGUGUGCAAGCAUGGGUGCACACAUUUGUUUAAGUUGUCCCGAAACAAAACAGCAAGUACAAACAGAAAAAACACAGAAAUGACUAAUUUGUCCUGUUUUCUUGGGAAAUAUCAGAUGAAAUAUCUGAUAAUCAAAAACAGAGACGGCUCCACUUUUGAGCUUUUUCUAUCAUUAUUGCUGCUUUCAACACUAUCAAUUCAGUGGCUGAAUGGGACACAGAUGUGCACUGUGAGUCAGCAUCUUACCACAUACACAUAUCGUAUAUUUAACGAAAGAAGCAGGCACUUAUCUUGCUGAAAUGUAUAACAUUAAGGCUACAUAAAAUGUUCUUAUCUGCAGUAUUCGGUCUGAACUUCCAGAACAGCAGUAAAAAGACGUCUAAUAGGUCUUCAUUAGGAAGAUUUACUGAACUGUUUGAACAGCGCAUGAAGUUGGCAUGCACUGAGGGAAAGGAUUCCAGUACUUUUUUUCCCCUCUCAUAUAGUCCAUGUGACUCAGUGCUUCAGCAGAGUUGUCCAGAGGAGAUGUAGUAUCUGUGGCUCGUACUGUGAGCGUGCAGUGCUGCUUGGUGCGCUGCCUUCUUUAAUCGCUCUGUCUUCCAAUGAAAAGACACACUAGGUGAGUCCUGAAACUUUUUUUUUUAGACUUUAUACACCGCUGUGUUCGCAUGUAGAGUGACAGUGUUUUACGUUAAUCUUAAAUAUGGUUCGGCUGUACAUGUGGCCUUUGUUUGUCCUUUACAGUGUAUUUAUACACUUUUUGUAUAAUAUGGCUUUGUAUGCUCUACUAUGUGUUUUUUAUAUUUAUCUACAGGUAUGUUAAGUCGCUAAAAAUCAGGUUAUAGAGCUAGAACAAUACAGAUUGUUACAGAAGUGGUUUAAUGUCUAGACUGGAUGUGCUGCCAAUCCCAUAGAUGUCAGGAGAAAGCUAUAGAUGCUGUGUUGGCAUGCUGUCAGACUUGAAAGGUUUGGCUCUUUGUAUCAUUGAUUUGAAGGAGAGAACAUUCUGUUUCACGGCUAUAAUCUAAAGACCUUGUUAUAAGUUCAGGCUAGAGAGCAACUGGAGGAGGCUUUUUUUUUUUCUUUUUUUGAAUCAGAAGUGCAGCAGAGCCACCAUGUGGGCUACUCUGACCUUGCAGCCUGGCUUAGGAUCACACAGUGAAAUCUCUGGUGUUCUGCAUGUGGUAAUUCUUUGCUGGCUCUUUCUCGCGUGUGUUAUGCCAAUCUUAAAUGGAAAAGGAUGGUAUGGGAUGUACAUCUACUUAAACAUGUUCCAUAUGUUGGGCUCACAGCUUCUCCAAUUCUGUUGGAGACUUUUAGAGUAAAAGAAACAAACGUAGAAGUGGCAGUUUGCUUUGCUGGUUUAUCAUCUUGCAGCAUUUAGAUUUAAGUUUUCAUCACUGCAAAGAUUCAACAAGUAAGACAUUUGUGUUUCUUUCAUUCUGGCACUAUCAUGGUCUAUAAAAAAAUUUUUUAGUCAUAGAGAAAAAAGUGGGUCAAGAUACUGUCUGUUUUUACUUUCUUUGUGUCACACACUGAGCAAUACUAUCACAAAUAAAACUGGUUUCAUCUGGAUGCUACUAUCACUGACUAUGAAGAGUGUCACAUUUUAAUGAAGCUUCAAUCAAGAGUUUUAGAAACUUUUGGAAAUGAAUUUUCUUCUUCCCCUCUUACUUUUCCCACAGAUCGAGGUCUCGGUCAAAAUCAAGAUCUUAUUCACCGUCCAAUAACCGGGAGAAGAAAUAUCCAAGGGGAUACCAGAACAACCGGGAGUUCCGGGGUUACCACCGCGGCUUCCGGAGGCCGUACAACUUCAGAGGCCGGGGGCGGGGCUUCUUUCCACGUGGACGCUUCCAGCGUGGUGGUGGCGGGGGUGGAGGCUACAACAAUAAUAAUUUCCGCCAAAACUGGAAGAAUUAUAAGCAGUACCCCCAAAAACAGCAGCAGCAACAACAACAGCAGCAGCAACAGCAGCAGCAGAACCAUUCACGAGGACGAUCUCACUAUGUCCAGAACCGCUCAGGAAGCCCGUCUCAUGGUCACUCUCACCGCUCUGACCGAUCUUCCUCACCAUUAUCCAGGCACUCACAGCAAUCAUCCUCUUCUUCCCACUCCUCCUCUCCCAAAUGUAGGCCACUCUCGCUGCUGAGUAAGCAAGAGGAGCUUUCAGUCUCCAAGGAGGUCCAAAAGGAAGGAGGGGGAGAUGGGGAGCCAGAGGAACUUAUUGGAGUAUUGGCAGGAGACACCAGUGGAGGUGGAGGCAGUGGGAAAACUGAGGGGAACUGGCAGGGCCUGACAGACUGUAACAGCAGUCCAAAACGAACAAGUCCCCAGACAAGCUCUGCUGCAGUUGUUGUUGGUCAGAACGUCCAAACGACCAAGCAGUCUACUCCCUCCCCGAAAAUCAGUAAUAGCUUCUGCAAUGGCGCCCCCUCCCCAAAGAUGGGCUGUACUUCAUCCCCAACUAAAAAGCUUUUACAUGAAGGUUUAAACCCAAUGCUCUCCAGUUUUGACUUCUUCUCCAGUGAGGAAUACCUGGAUGGAGAUAAAACAGCAAUCUCCAUUGCCUUUGGAAAGUAAGACAGAGUUAACUCUUUUUCUAAACGUGAUCAUGAGAUUUAUUUUAAAGACAGAUGAACUUAAAAAUGUUAGAAACUAUGGAUAAAGAUUGAACAUGCUUGUUUUUGGCUUACAAAGUCACUGAAUCCUGGCAUUUCAAGUUUUUUUGGAGUGAAGUAAAACAAAUUGGGCUUUUUCAUCUCAUUUGAGGAUAAUCUUUUGAGUCUUUCUUUACGGAAAUAAAAUACUUCACUCAUACAUAUUUUAUGUUGUACGAGAAAACCAGAUUUUUUUUAGCUCUGAUGCGAACUCUUCUUAAAAUACAUUGUCUGCUGUUUUUACUGUCAGCUCUGAAAUCACCAUUCAGUUGUUUUAAUCUCUUUGUCAUUGUUUAGGUUUUUGGAGGAGCAAAACAAAAAAGCCAAAGCUCUGGAAAAUGGCAAAAAAGCAGAGGCACAUGACGUGGAACAAGGGAAAGUAAAUGGCAAAGGAUCUGCGACCAUCACUGACUCAAUGUCAGUAAAGUCCACAGAGGACAAUGAUGGUGAAGUGUCUCUAAACAGCCUCUUGAAAGCUUCCCCUUUCCUGUCUAGAGAGGAUGAGGAGGAGAUGACAAUCAAGCCUCAUUCUAAGUCCCUCCAAAAGGACCAGCACAAUGGCGAUAAGUCUUCAAAGCCAAUGAGCAGGGUCACUCACUCUGGCCGCGAACUCUUUGACGAAUGCUUUGACAAAUGGCACAAUGUGGCUUAUGCACAAGCAGCCAACAGUGAUGUUGACGCCAUGGCAGAGGACAUUUAUCUCAGUAGAAAGCAGGAUAAAGCGACAGCCUUUGCUGCUGCGCUUGCCAAGAGGGAAUUAGCAGCAAAAUUUGAGCCCCUAGACAUGGGUGCUACAUCAAGUAAGAUGGCUAAAUCUUCCUUAAUCUCAUCCCCUACGCCACCUAGCAGGAGAAACUCUGAGAGAGAGUUGUUCAUGAUCAUGGGAGAUGACUCGGCUUUCAUGCCCUCCAGAAAACAGGAAGCAAAAUUUAAUGUUAGAAUGGGUUUCCUUGGAGAUAACUUGAUAAGGUGAGUAUAAUGUAAUGUUGGUUGGUGCCACACAUCUAUCAGCAAAAAGUCGUACCUGCACAUGAAAUUGCAGGCUUUUAUACGUGCAAUCUUUCCUCGCAAUGAUGCAUUGAUGUGUAUGUUUAAUUUUGUGAAUUGAUCUGAUUGGAGUGUAUGUUUUCUGUUUUUAGCCAUUUUUUCAUAAAGACUGAGAGCAACAGACUAAGAACAUUGUUGUUGUGAUUUUCAGCUCCUCUGAUUUUUUAGCUGAGGAGCGACAGUUGUCUCAGGAUCUUGUACAGGCCUCAAAAAAGGAUCAGGAGUUUCGCUCCAUCUUUCAACAUGUUCAUAAAGCUCAGUUACAGAGGAGCCCCUCUGAGCUUUUUGCGCAACACAUUGUCACCAUCGUUCACCACGUUAAAGGUGAGUCCUCUUAUAUGGAUUAGUCAUUGAUUUGCCAUUUGAAAGGAUUUUAAAUACUUCUUGAAACGCUAUUGAACAAAAUUCAUUCACUGCAGAGUCUGAGUUGGUCGGAAGGAUUACGAUAUUCACCAAUGACAGUAACUGCUGUAUGUCCUGCAUCCUUUUCUAGCUCAGCACUUUCAGUCCUCUGGAAUGACUCUAAACGAGCGAUUCACAGUGUACCAAAGACGAGCCGCAGAGAAGGAAAUAAUGAAGCCAAGAAAAAGCCCAGAGAUACACAGGUAGAGUCGCCUAUUGAGUGACCCUCUCACCUUCAGUGUGCUGUGGCUUCACCUCCUCUUUUAACAGCUUUCAGGUAUUUUUCUCACCUUUCCUACCUGAAAAUCACCAAACUACCUUGGCUUUUUUUGUUCUCAUGCUCGGUGGAGGUCAGUCUUAUUUUCCCACCAAUUUGUCUCUCCUGUUAUCUGUUUCGUGUCGUCUUCGCUGUUCAUCGUACGUAGCAGAGUUUGUCGUGUCGGCGCCUGCACUAUGAAUCACCCGUUCCUGUAUGAGCUUUUAACUAUGUUGUCUUAACUAUGCUUUCCCUUACAGAAGAAUUGAUGUUUCACCAAGAGCUUUUAAGAAACACUCUCAAGUUUUUGAGGCGAUGAAAAGCUCAGAGGAUGGCACUUACAAGGUGACUGAACAUUUUGACCUAUGAAGUAUGUUGGAAAAACAAACAACAGGAACAAGUGAGAAAGAUGCCUUUAGACUGCACUCUCUUAAAGCUUUCGGCUUUUCUUGAAAGGAGAUGCACAAAGUCUAAGAAAUGCCAGAGCAAAAUAAGGCACUUUGACUUUGUUGUUUGUUAAUAUCGCCUUCACACAUGGUGAUUGGUUAGAGUGUGGGCACAAGCCUGACCAAGGCCUUUGAAUCAUAUAAGUUCAGAAAUGGAAGCCACUGUGCCAAAGCUGUUCAAGGGACCUUUAACAUUUGUCUUCGUAAGUAUUCUUAAAAAAUAUGAACGGAAGUAAAAAAAAACAGAAAGCAUUUAAUGCACCCAUGCUUUUAGUUUGAGGCCAUAUUCUCUUUUACUCAUAUACUAAGGACUUUCAAACUCGAGCAUUUGCAAAUCCAAAUAUUUUAUGUUUCCAUACAUGUUCUGUGUGUCACUCUGUUGUUCAUAAUCCAAAGAAACUUAAGAAAAUAGAGCCUUGUCAAUUUUCAAUUACUUGUGUAGCCUACGUCUUUUCUGGACACCUUUAUUCAAUUCAAGUCAAAAAUUUUAAUUUGGAUUCAAGUCAGGGUUUUUGGAUCACUGCUCCAAUACUCUGACUUUGUUGCCUCAGAGCUACAUGUCAACUGUUUAGAGGAUGCUGAGGACUGUUGUUCUCUCAGAAAUUUCUAAUUUUAUCCUUGUAGAUUAAGUAUUACAACAGUACUCUUAGAUAAGGCUUUUUUCUACAUGAUGCUCUUAAUUAUUUUGAUUGAGAUUGAUUGGAAACGUCCAACUUUCCUCCGAUAACAUCUUUGUUCAUUGUGGUCAAACUAUUCCCUGUUUUGACUCAUCCACUCAGAAAAUAUGGGUUUAUCAGAUGAUUUGGAUAAAUUUGUACCAUGUAUCUUUGAUUCCUUAACAAACUCCAAUAGUUGUCUCUUGGGGUUCAGUUGAACCUUUUAAGCCUUGGUACUUUGAGCCCUGGGGAUUUCUGUUAGACUAAAUGUCAUUUGAUGGAUAGAUGGAGUUUAUCCAUCCAUCCAGUUGGCCCAGAUGCAUAAAUAUAUUUGCUACUUCUCUUGGAAAUUUCAAGGUGGUGAAGCCAAAUGCCCGAACCACCUCUACUUCCUUCUUUCAAUGCAAAGAAGCAGCUGCUCUUCUCCGACUGCCCUGCUCUUUAUCUCAAAGGCCAAACGUACCCAUCACGCCGUGGAAACUUCACUCGCUUGUAUCUGCAGCCUUCCUCAUUUGGCAAUGGAGGUGGCACCCCAUGUCCUAACACUUAAAGAUGCUAACAAUCAUACAUUAUUAGUGACUGACCAUAGGAAGUGUAUGGAAACAUGAACGUUUUGGAAUUGUGAAAGAUGGGGUUUGAAAUGUUCAGUACAUUUGUAUUUGAAAAUAUGGCCUCAACUGUAUUUAACUGACUCCUAUUUCUUUAUCAAUUGGCAUGUGUAGAAUUGGUCUAGCGUUUGCAGACAUAAGGUUCAAAUACUACUAAAAAUAAUCAAACUGAGUAACUUGACUGAGCAUGAACAGUCCUCUCUUCUCUCUCUGAUCCUUCGUUACAAAGCCACGAUAGUAGUUUUGCCUGUCAUGGAGCAGCUUGAUUUCAUUUACAUGUGACUAUUUCCCAAAGCAUAAGUCAAAGUUUUUGAUUGGUUUCCCACCAUACAAGUACAUAUUAUCUUCUGUUUGUGUCAUAUGGCAUUCAACCUGCAGUGACCCGUUUAUAAUAGGAAAUACAUUCCUGGGUUAAAAAAUUACUCUGCCAUGUUGCAGAAGCUCUGAUGCUAAUAUCAUGGCUGAAAAGUGAUAUUUUACAUGGAGCAUCUUAGUCACUGUUGAUGGAUCCUGGAGUUUAGCCAAUUGCAUUAAACAAGGACAUUAAAGCACUUCCUUUUAGCAGCUGGCCACCCAAUAACUUUGUAUUGUAAUGAAUUGCCAAACCAAGGCAAGUUUUGAGUCUCUUUUCUUGUGGAUUUGUCCAUCACGUUUUACUUGAAGGCAGAAAAUCAAUCCAAAAACAAAUGCUUUGGAGAAUAGCUCAGAUUCUUAGAUCAUCCUAAAACAUGCAGAACUUCUGGUUCGGCACUUUAAGCGCCCUGGACAGUUUAUUUGGUUUUAAAUAGCGGGCUAUUCUCAAGAGUUUCCCCCUUUUCUCAUGGACCUUAUUAUUUAGUCUACAAACCAGCUUAGCUGAGAGCAAACUGAUAGCAUGUCCAAGCUAAUCCAAAGUCUGUCCACGACGUUGUCUUUUGCUCUGGUUUGAUCAGGAUGCUGGGGAAAAACUGAAAGGUGACCCAAUGGACCUUCGUUUGGAUAUUGAGCGCCGAAAAAAAUAUUCCACCCAAGAAAGAGAUUAUGAUCAGGAUCGGGGAAGAGAUAUGGGAGAGUCCCCAGAUUCUAGUAAAGAAAAGUUCUCCAAAAGCCAUGAGAGAUCAAAGUAUGUACAACCUCCAAACACUUUACUGUUUGCAAGUUGAUCUACAGUGCAGUGUAAACAGAGGGGUCUAAAGGAUUUUUUAUGCACUGGUUCUUCCAGGAAAAAUAAGAAGAAGCGCUCACGCUCGAGUUCAUCCUCAUCUUCCUCAUCCACAAAGUCUCACAAGGAAGAUUUGCCCUGUAGCAAGUCUGAUUCCAAAAGUAAAAGCUUUGACAGGGCCCGACUGGGCCAGCGGGAGUCACCAGGACCAGUUGAGAGGGGAAGACCCCGUGGAGGAUUUGUAAGUUUUGUCGGUGAUAUUGAACACUUUUGGCCCAAUGAUGAAGCCAGUUUGACUUCAACAGUCUGAUGAGUGCCUGAAUCUUUCAGCUUUUCAAUCCUGGUCUCUUGUCUAACUACAGCAAGUCCGAAUUCGCGGAAGGGGCUGGAACAGAGGCAAUUAUCAGGGAAACUGUUCCCAUAGCAGCAACGUAUCAAACGUGGAAGCGCAUCCAAAAACUGAGGACUGGGACCCAGAGUUCACCCCCAAGAGCAGGAAAUACUACUUGGUAGGAUAGACCCAAGCCAUGUGUGUUUACAUUAGCCAAUGACAAACCUUGGGACACAUAGACUGUAUAUAGGACGCUGCUGCACCAAUGCUGGAUUCAGGAAAAAAGAGAAAAUCCCAGAAAUGCCAAGAGCCAUUUGGCUUCAAAUUGGUACAAUGACGGGAGGUGGAGCCAUGUUGUCCACACGAUAUACAGUCUAUGUUGGGGCGUCGCUCAAAUGAGGAUUCAGGCAUCACAAAUUAUUAUUGAGUGCGGUGACAGAUUUUCGACAACUACGAACAGCUCCUCCUACUCUCUUUUUCUAAGCCUAAAGGACAACCUGAUGUGACCACGAUAAUUAUGAGAGGCGAACUCUUCAGCCAGAGUCUGGUGUUCCUCCGUGGGCUAGUUUAGUGACAUGUUGUAAAUGGACUAAACAAAGGAGAUUUAAAAGGCACUUAAGUGGUCACAAAAACCUGAUUAAAUCAUCUUAUUAACUUUAGUUUCUUAUCACACUAAUACUCGAUAAAGGCUUUAUGGGCAGAUGCUCAAGUUCAGACUAACACUUGAUUAAAACAAUGACUUUUUUUGUAAGUUUCAGUUUAAGAGUUUUCUAUUGCAACAGCCGUCUUGACGCCCCCCUCUGUCUUUUUUCCAUCUUUUUCUCAGCACGAUGACAGAGACGGUGAGUCAGAGAUGAAGUGGGCAGACAGCAGAGGAAGAGGACGGGGAAGCUUCACACGUGGAAGGGCUCGAUUCAUCAUCCGAAAAGCCACCGGGGGCCCCAACACCAUCAGUCCUAAAUGGGCCCAUGACAAGUUCCAGAUCAACGGGGAGCAGAGUGGCGAACAGGAGGAUGAGACGGACCAGGACCAUAAGGGAGGAAGAAUAGAUUAACUUCAUACUUGAUCAGUGCAGCAAAACGCUGAUCAUUUUAGUUUCCCCCUGUGUUGUUUUCCAAUCUCACUUUGUCAUCUGAGUCACAUGCAGUUUUAAUAUUUUACAACUCCGCCAUCAGCAGGAAAUCUUUUUUCUUUGGGUUUAAUAUAUGAUACUUAUUCUUACUUGACACAGCAGGAUUCGAAGCACUAUUUUGUUUUCUUAUCCAAAUCUGGAUACAUGUGUUGUUUGCUUGAUUUGUGUAUGAUUUAUAAUGACUCCCUUAUGACAUUUAGAUCAAACCAGCCUGUGCCUUAACUGUAUAAAAUAAGUAUGUGUUUUGUUAGCUGGCUACAUGAUAAACAGUACAGUAAAGUGCAUAAAGAUCCAGAACAAUCACCCAAAUUUUAUUUUAAUAAAGAACAGGAUCACUCUUUUAAAAAUUUGACUAAUCCUGCAUUUUAAAGUAGCAGCAAUAUGUGCACUGUAGUUCAUGUUGUUGUAAAAACAUCAUGCUAAGUACUCUAAACAAUGGGACCAAACUCUACAGGGUCAAAGGUCAUGCUCUGUAAAUACAAUUUCACAGUUAAAAGACCUACAAUCUUAGCUGGAAGGCAUUAGUGACAAUAGCGUUAUCAUUAGGAUAACAGUCUGUAAAUUUACUGUGUUGUGUAUGAAACACUUGGCUGUCAAAGGUUUCUAUUCUUUGCAGGGGCUUUUUGGUUGGUCUAGAGUAUCACUUUGGAAUAAAGAACUUAAAUAUUGAUCGUGCUUAUUUUACACCAAAGGUUUUUGUAACUGACGAGGCAUGAUUUUGACUGAUUGCCUUUUUUUUGUUCCUAUUGCCAUAGAUUUUCAGUGGUGUUUAUUUGCUGUUUGUACAUUUUUCUCCAACCAAAGAUGAUGCAGUGAUAUAUGUAUAUUGUGUCCAAACUUUGGUAAAAGGAUGCCCGAUGUUAUUUGAUCUUUAGUUGAUAAGAUAUACUGUGGUUAUGUCUAGCUCUAGAAUAGGAGUGAUGUUCAGUGCAAUGAUGUUUCAUCAAAGAUCAGACUUGUUUUUUUUUUAUGCCAAACUGCACAAACCACUGAAAUAUACAAAUGCUGUGCCUUGUUCAGGGUGCAUUGGUCUAAUUUUUACAGCGUAGGACUCCUAUCAAGAUUUACGGUUGUGUAAAGGUAACCUGCUUAUUAUUGGACAUUGCUUUUUUUCUUUUUUUAAAGGGUGUUGUUUCUGUCAAUGUUAGCAUCUUAGAGGCUGUAAAUUAAAGAGACACUGAUUGUUUGCA